GAGAAAUAUUAGUAUCAAAGAAUGACAGCUACUACUUCACCAAGUGGAUGCACUGUGCAGGAGGGCAUUAUUUACAGCUGCCAACUUUACUGAACCCUUCCUUACGUUCCAUCSUUAUUUUCUUUUAGAAGUUGGAAGACAACGUAGGUUUGAUGUUUUGUGUGCCAUCAACUGAAUUUGGGGCCAUCAUGAAUAUAACCAAAGGUGGACUGGUACUGUUCUCAGCUAACUCGAAUUCCUCAUGCAUGGAACUAUCCAAGAGGAUUGCUGAGAGAUUAGGAGUUGAGAUGGGGAAAGUUCAGGUUUAUCAGGAGCCAAACAGAGAAACUAGAGUGCAGAUCCAAGAGUCUGUGAGAGGAAAGGAUGUGUUUAUCAUCCAGACAGUUUCCAAGGAUGUGAAUACUACGAUCAUGGAACUCCUGAUCAUGGUKUAUGCUUGUAAAACCUCCUGUGCCAAAAGCAUUAUUGGAGUGAUUCCUUACUUCCCAUACAGCAAGCAGUGCAAGAUGAGAAAAAGGGGCUCCAUUGUCUCUAAAUUACUGGCUUCAAUGAUGUGCAAAGCUGGACUAACUCACCUUAUUACCAUGGAUUUACAUCAGAAGGAAAUACAGGGCUUCUUCAAUAUCCCAGUUGACAACUUGAGAGCRUCUCCGUUUUUACUGCAGUAUAUCCAGGAAGAGAUACCAGACUACAGGAAUGCUGUAAUUGUGGCCAAAUCACCUGCAUCUGCAAAGAGAGCGCAGUCCUUUGCUGAACGCCUGCGGUUGGGAAUCGCCGUGAUCCAUGGGGAGGCUCAGGAUGCCGAGUCUGACAUGGUGGAUGGUCGCCACUCRCCACCUACGGCCAAAAACGUAGCUGCUAUUCACCCCAGUUUGGAGAUACCCAUGCUGAUUCCAAAGGAAAAACCACCCAUCACAGUCGUCGGAGAUGUAGGAGGAAGAAUAGCCAUCAUUGUGGAUGACAUUAUAGAUGAUGUCGACAGCUUCCUUGCUGCAGCCGAAACGCUCAAGGAAAGAGGGGCCUACAAAAUUUUUGUAAUGGCCACACACGGCCUGUUAUCUUCGGAUGCUCCCAGGCUGAUAGAGGAAUCUGCAAUUGAUGAAGUUGUUGUCACAAACACAAUUCCACAUGAAAUACAGAAACUCCAGUGCCCCAAGAUCAAGACUGUGGAUAUCAGCAUGAUCCUGUCAGAAGCCAUUCGCAGAAUCCACAAUGGGGAGUCCAUGUCGUACCUYUUCAGAAAUAUCGGACUGGAUGAUUAAUGAUUCCUUUUAUUCUAAAUAAACACCCCGGGCCAAACUGGAAGCAAACAGAUAAUGAGCUGUGAAGCAUCAUGCUUACCUUAAUAUUUCAAUUGAGCCACUUUGUUUUCUUUUGUUUUAAAUAUCAAGGUAGAACUGAUUUUAAGAUUUCUUUUUUUUCAUUUUUUGGGGGGUAAUAAACAUUUUACAGAAAAUGGUUCUAGUUGCUUUUAGGUUAGUUGCACUAUAUAAAUGACCAGGAGGAAAAAAAAAAAAAAAAAAAACACUUAAGGCAAGAAUUGGGCUUUUAAAUUAAGCGUUCCUUUUUUCAAAGCUGCUUGCUGCAAGUGCUAUAAAGGUAAUAAAAUGAAGUGACUGUAUAAUAUUUGCAUUUUAAAAGCCAAAAGGGUUGUACUGUUGUAUGCAGUUAAGUGAUUUUGUAGGAGUGCUUUUAUAGAAAAGCAUAUGGAGUAUGCACCUGUAUUUAUUUUCUGCGAUAAAGAAUAAAGAUCUGUUUUGUGU